UAUAGAACAGUUCAACAAAUGAUUAUCUCUUCAUACAUCGACAUUGACGUUCUGCUGGUUGAAUGCCGUGUUAACAUUGAUUUGGUUGUUGAAAAUAACUGAAUAAGCAUGUCUGAGAAAAACUCUGUAAAUCCUGUGAAAUAUUUGUUAUGUGGUGGGUUUGGUGGAGUAUGUACGGUUGCUGCAGGACAUCCCUUUGACACCAUCAAGGUGAGACUGCAGACAAUGCCCAAAGCUACUCCUGGUGAAGCUGUAGCAUAUACAGGGGCAUGGGACUGCACCAAGAAGACAAUCAAAAGAGAAGGAUUUUGGGGGUUGUAUAAAGGAAUGGGUGCACCAAUUGCAGGAGUUGCACCAAUAUCUGCAAUUAGCUUCAUGGUGUUUGGAAUUGGAAAAAGAAUGCAAAUGAAGUCUUCUCAUGAUGAAUUGACUCUGACACAGCUGUUUCUUGCUGGGGCCUUCUCGGGAAUCUUUACUGCUUCUAUAAUAGCACCAGGAGAACGUAUUAAAUGUCUGCUUCAGAUACAGCCAGGGGGUACUGCUCCUCCCAAAUAUGCUGGCCCGGUUGAUGCUCUAAAACAACUGUAUAAAGAAGGAGGCAUUAGGAGCAUUUAUAAGGGAACCGUUGCCACUUUGCUGAGGGAUGUGCCAGCGAGAGGCAUGUACUUCAUGACAUAUGAAUUAUUUCAGAGAAUCCUUGCACAGCUUUCAAAAAGUGGUGAGAUAGGAGCCCUGAGCACUAUCGUUGCUGGAGGAAGUGCUGGCAUAUCUACCUGGCUGGUGGCACUACCUGCAGAUGUGCUGAAGAGUAGACUGCAGACAGCUCCUGAAGGCACGUUUCCUAAUGGGAUGCGAGAUGUCUUCAAAGUCUUGAUGAAAGAAGAAGGACCUAGAGCUCUGUACAAGGGAGUGGUUCCUGUACUGUUACGAGCCUUUCCUGCUAAUGCGGCUUGUUCUAUAGGUUUUGAGUUGUGCAUGAAGUUUCUCAAUUCUGUAGCACCUAACUAUUGA